GUCCUCCCCAUACCACAGACACCAGAAACAGCUCGCCAUCAUGUCUGUUCGUCCCGUAAUCGUCAUUGCUGGCAUUGGAAAUGGCACAGGCACCGGUGCAGCCACGGCCCGCGUGUUCGCAAGGGCCGGAUACAGAGUCGCCUUGAUUGCACGCAACGCCGACCACCUCAACAGUGUAGCGAAAGACGUCAAGCAAGCUGGCGGCGAAGCUGCCACGUUCCCCGUCCCAACAUACUCCUACGAAGCGGUUACAUCUGUGGUCCAGACCAUCAAGGAGUAUAAAUGGUCGACUUCCGAGAAGCCAGAAAUCCGCGUGGCCUUGUGGAACACGGGCGCCGGAGUCUGGAAGGGAUUCCUCGAUGUAACUGAGCAGGACCUGAACACCGUGGUGGAUGCGAACAUCACCGCGCCCUUCGCAUUUUCUCGCCAAGUGAUUCUGGCGUUCAAAGAGAACCAGAUUGACGAGCUGGGCAAGAGAGGCACACUGCUGUUCACAGGAGCGACCGCGAGUCUCAGAGGCAAUGUGACAACCAGCGCCUUCGCAGCGGGCAAGUUCGCACUGCGGGCUCUCAGCCAGAGUCUGAACAAGGAAUUCGGCAAGCAAAACAUCCAUGUCGCGCACGCCAUUAUCGACGGAGGCAUUCUGACCGACCUUUCUCUUUCACGACGUGCCGAUCCUACCGCGAACAAAGAGUGGAAGGAAAAUGCUGAUGUUCGGCUCGACCCGGAAAGCAUUGCGAAGUCAUACCUCUAUCUGGCAAACCAGGACAGAUCUGCAUGGACCUGGGAGCUUGACUUGCGCCCCGCCCAUGAGAAGUGGUAGAAUUUGGGCCAGAAGAUAGCAUGAAGUAUCUGCCAGUGUACAUGUACGAUUACCGAGAGGUCCAAAGUUGAAACAUCGAGUGCUU